AUGAAAAGAGUAUUCCAGGACAUUACAAACGUCAACAGGAAGAAUAUCAAACUGACGAUCCACAAGUCGUCCCAUAGAAGAAAGCUGGUGCAAUGGCUGUACGAGGUGACAGAUGACUUCGGGUAUUCUCAGGUGACAUUCUCGACAGCAGUCUUUAUUCUGGACAGGUACACAGAAGCUCGGGGUCUUGACCUUGAGAAGUACCAGCUUGUGGGGAUUUCAGCUCUUUUCCUCAGCGCAAAGAUAGAAGAGAAGUGGUGCAAGGCGGUAGAUGACUAUGUGCAUGUUACAGACGGCGCAUGCUCCGGGAAGGAGAUCCUGGACAAGGAGAUUGAGAUGCUGGAGGUGUUUGACUUCAACAUGAUGCUCCGGCUUCCCCACUCCUUUCUCCAGGAGAGGUAUCUUGAGAAGGCAUCCGACAAGUACACCAUGAAGCAGAGACAGGAGAUAUUCUUCUGUGCAUUCUCAUAUGUGAUUGAAAAGAACAUCUGUGGGAGCAGCAUGUACUGGAUAUACCUGGAAGGCGUCAAGGAAGCCGAAAAGGUGCUCUCUGGAUGCGAGAUAGAUACAGGCCUUAGGUUCUAUCUAGAGAACAACAGAAAGAUUAAAAGCAUAUUUAUGUAG